ACUGCGCGCACAGCUUCUGUGAUUCGACUAAAACUAUAUAGACUUUGUUUGAAAACACGGUGAAAUUGGGACAAAUGAAGCUGAGCGAAAGCAAUAAUGCUGCAAAAUCAUUUCAUCUCAGAAACAGUUAAAACAGUCUGUUAGUUUUCACUUUCGAGGGGCGCGCCCCUUCCCACUUUCGGCACUUCUCCCUUCAGCAGAGACGCGCUCUAGUGACACUGUGGCGGAGUGCUGUGCAUCAUGAAGGCCGCUGGUUUCUGAAGGUUUCCCAGCUGAAGCUGCCACCGCUGCUAGAAGAUGAUCCUGCUGCCUGGUCUGCUGUUUAUUCUCUGGGGAGAACCGGGUCGGUGUCGGGGGGAGGAUGGAGCCUUCAUCUUUGAUGGAGAUAUCCGCCACUUCGCCGUGAACAACAACACGGUUUACAUCGCUACAAUGGAGAAGCUGUACCAGCUGAACCACGACCUGUCUCUGGUCCAGAUUCUGAGCCAAAGAGGAAUCUUGAAAGUUGGGAACAACCCGCUGGACGUGCAUUUUGACAGGGUUUCUGAGACGGCUCGGAGCAACGCAACUUUCAAAGUCAACACAUUAUUGCCAUUUGCUGAGAACAACAAUCUGUUCAGCUGCGGAGUGAUCAACAAUGAGUUUGUUUACUGCGAGGUCCUGGAUCUGAUGAACAUCUCUAAACUUCUGUACAAGGAGAGCGUCCAGGUGGGACCACUGAGGCGCAGCGAUGCGUCCGUCGCUGUUUUAGUUAAAGUGGCGAGCGACACUUACGUUGUGACCGCGAUACAGCAACAUGAGGACGGAUCCACAGAGAGCAGCAGUUUCUCUGAUGCCAAAACUGUCAACCUUCACGAUGCGGAUAACAAAUAUAAGAGAGGUAUAUUUUCUCGCUCUGAUGCGCAUGACUCGCCUUCGAUCAAAAGUAAAGGAGAUGUGGAGUUUGUGGACGGAUUUCAGAUCAAUUCAGUCAUAUAUCUGCUCUCCAACGUGCAUUCAAGCGCUGGAGGCAACAAAGUCCGUCUGAUUUGGCUUGAUGGGAAAAUCAGCAAGACCCAAACUCUCAGGUCGCUGCGGGGUGCGACUCUCAGGAUCUCUGAAGCUGGAGAAGGUAACAGACUCCUGGCCUCCUCGGUGAUCCCGGGCGGACCGCCGGUGCUCUGGAGCGGAGUGUUCAGUGUCGACGCAGGACAGACCAACACCGAGCUGGCGGUGUUUGACAUCAGCCUCGAUCUCACCGGAGAGGCCGAUACAGAUCCAGACUUCUGCAGCGUCUGUCCCGACCCGCCAAGUCCUAAAACGCCAAAGACUCUGAGGCCGAAGGCAGUGCUCCUCAGGCAGAACAACAUGUCCUCUGUGCUGGCAGUGAGGCAGAGGGCCUGGAUGGUUUUCUUCAUCGGGACAGGAGAUGGGCAGCUGAUUAAGCUUGCUGUGGAUAAGGACUAUCACACCACCUGUCCCGUGGUGCUCUACAGGGCCAGUGACGACCACAAAGUGUUUCCCAAAAUAAGUCUGGAUCAAGUGGAUCGAAAACAUGUGUAUGUGCCAUUUCAAAAUGAGAUGAAGCGUGUACCUGUGUCAACGUGCAGCAUAUACACAAAUGUGCAGGACUGUUGGUCUGCACAGGAUCCAUUCUGUGUCUGGUGUGGCUCUGAAACAAGAUGCACGUUUGAAGAUGACUGCAAAGAUUCAGACUGGUUGUCCAUUCCUGAUGAUCACCAACAGAAAAUGGUCUCCUACAAAGUUGAAAAGGACACAAGAGGCCAGAUCACGCUUAAGAUCCAAACACACCUGACUUGGGGCCAGAGGGCACUGUCUAACUUCGCCUGUCAAUUCGGUGUACGUUGUAGCACGACUGGCCCUCGUCCACAGUUCCCACAAUGCACCUGCAUCCUAUCUAAUAGCACACUUCCUGCUGAAGCCAGCGUAAAAAUCAGACUUGGGCCGACGCACUUAUUGGAACGACUGACGCUAACCAACUGUUCGGACAUCAGGGGGCCCCCAAGUUCGGCCCUGUGUCAGCAGUGCAUCAGGGCUGGAUGUGGCUGGAGCACAAACGUCUGUUCCUGGGCAAAUCAGGGAGUGAGGAAUGACUCUGUUUGCCAAAUGGUGGAGUCAGGGACACAUUUUUUGAGGCCUGAGAUCUCCUCCAUCACUCCCAGUGUCGUGUCUUUCUACGGUAGAAACCAUGCACUGUUGUCAGGUCGUAACCUCAGUGAUGUGACCAGAGUGAGGAUACAGGCACACAUGGACUGCACUCCACAAGAAUCUCCUGUAUGGAACAACACAGGUGUGAAUCUGACGUUCCACGUUCCCAGUACAGUCAGUAAAGGCGUGGUCAAAGUAUGUGCCCUUCUCCCAGACGGUAAUUGCCACGGCAACGCUAAAAUCACCUACCGGUCGUCACCAUCCUGCACCAACAUUGUUCCAAGCAGCACCUGGUUCAGUGGGGGGAGGAAGCUCACACUCACUGGCUCUCACCUGGAGUUUGUGGAGGGUGUCACACACAGCCACGCGCCACAGAAGGUCGUACGUCCCAGAAACAGCAGCUCUGAGAAUCUCACCUAUGACUCACCUGUGGCUGAAAACACUCAGGGGACUUUUACCAGCUCAGUGUCAAUGAAAUUAGGCAAUGAUACCCUGCCGUGUUCCACUAACAUUACCUACUAUCCAGAGCCUGAGUUUACCAUCUUCACAUCUACAAGGACAGGGGAUGAUGUGCGCAUCACCAUAGAGAAAAAGGCAGACAAACUGGAGAUGACAACAGCAGAGCUGUCUGUUUGGGGCAUUCGGAACGAAAAACAAUACCCCUGCAUCAUGGAGACCAAAGAAACCAAUAACCAGACUGAGUUUUUCACCUGUGAAAUUAAGAGCACAUCCGACACUAAAUUUGAGCAGUUAAUGAUAAAGUAUGGAGAUGAGACAGUAACACUGCACGCUAAAUCUUCCAUGCUGUUCCUUCUGAUGCUGUUCGUCCUUCUGCCGAUAGCCUGCAUUAUUGUAGCAGUGGUGAUCGUCUAUCGAAGCAAACAGAAGAAGUUCACUGCUAAGAUGAACAAGCUUAUUGGAGACCUGGAGCUCAACAUUAGGAAUGACAUCCGGCAAGGUUUUGUGGAUCUACAGACGGAGAAAAGUGACCUGAUGGAAAACGUUGGAGCGAUUCCUUUCCUCGACUACAAGCACUUUGCCUCCAGAAUCUUUUUUCCUGAGAACGAAUCCUUGAUGACACUGUGCAUCAAAGACAUUGGUCAGGAUGCAGUGAAGAUUCAGCUUGAUGAGUGCUGCCACAGCUUGUCCAGGCUGAUCCAGGAUCCGCUCUUCCUCACGUCUAUGGUGCACGCUCUGGAGGGACAGAAGAGCUUCACCAUCAAAGACAAGUGCACGUUGGCAUCUCUGCUAACCGUAUCGCUCCAUGGCAACUUGUUGUACCUGACAGAGAUAAUGGAGGUUCUGCUGAAGGCUCUCAUGCAGCAACACAGCAACGCUCAGCCCAAACUGUUGUUACGACGCACCGAGUCCACAGUGGAAAAACUGUUGACCAACUGGAUGUCCAUAUGCCUCUAUGGCUUCCUGCGGGAAAGUGUUGGUCAGCACCUGUUUCUGAUGGUGAGCGCUCUCACGCAGCAGAUCGCCAAAGGGCCUGUGGACUGUGUGACAGAGAAAGCUUUGUAUACACUCAGUGAGGACUGGCUGCUGUGGCAGGCUCCGGACUUCAGCUCUCUGAAACUGAAGGUGCUGUUUACAGUGGGCAGUGAUGGGGAGGUCAGCGAGCCUCUGGAGGUCAACACCCUGAGCUGCGACACAGUAGAGCAGGUCAAAGAGAAAAUCCUGUCCACCUUCAAGGCCAAGUUCGGCUUCCCCUACAACGUCCCCCUGAGGGACAUGUGUAUCAAGUAUGAGAGUGGUGGAUCCUUUGUUCCUCUUGAGGAUGUGGACGCAAGCUCAGAGGUUAUCGGGGAGGUGAUGAUGCUCAACACGCUCAAGCACUACAAGGUUCCUGAUGGAGCAACAAUCAAAGUGCUGUCUACGAAAACUCAUCCUCCUCUGAGUCCACAGGGAAGUCUGAAGGAUGACGAGAACUUCUCUGGAAAAUACUUCCACUUGAUUGAUCCAGACGUAGACGAGAACCAGAGACAGAACCCAGAGAGGAAGAAGUUAAAACUGAAGGAAGUGCACCUCAUCAAGCUGCUCUCCACCAAGGUGGCGGUGCAUUCAUUUGUAGAGAACCUGUUCUCAUCUAUCUGGGGGAUACCACACAGCAAAGCUCCCCAUGCUGUCAAAUACUUCUUUGACUUCCUGGACACUCAAGCAGACAACAUGAAGAUCACCGACCCAGAUGUCCUGCACAUCUGGAAGACCAACAGUUUGCCUCUGCGCUUCUGGGUCAACAUCCUGAAAAACCCCCAGUUUGUUUUCGACAUGGAGAAGACUCCACAUUUGGACGGCUGCCUGUCCGUCAUCGCUCAGGCCUUCAUGGACUCUUUCUCCCUGAGUGAGACCCAGCUGGGGAAGUACGCACCGACCAACAAGCUCCUAUAUGCCAAAGAGAUCCCUAAGUUCAAACAGGAAGUAAAGGCUUACUACAAACAGAUCAGAGACCAGUCACCAAUGACAGACUCGGAAUUCAAGGACUUCCUCAGGGAGGAGUCAAAGAAACAUGAAAAUGAAUUCAACGAAGCGGCGGCCCUCAGAGAGCUCUACAGAUUCAUCCAGAGAUACUUCACAGAGAUAAAAGAGAAGCUGGACCAGGACGGAGCCCCGACUGAGGUGACAGAGCAGCUACAUCAUGUUAAACACUUGUUUGAUGGACUGAAGAGUUGCUCCUGGAACUGAGCUGCCUGUGUCUCGCUCAUAUGGAUGACCUCAGCGGAGCUCUGAGCAACAGAGACUGGACAGCUCUUAUGAAGCGGUCAGGAGACAACAGAGGAGACUUUGUCCAGCGUGUAUCUCCCCUGCUACUGAGAUGGAGAUGAGGUACUGCGUCCAUAAACUGUAUCAGAGGAGCUGAAAGGCGCAGGGUAACCAUGAACCUCCUCAGGGUUCAGUUCUUAACUGCAGUUUCACUGUGAACAACUGCUUAGUCACCUUUGACCAGAGGUGUCCAAACUGUUCCACAGAGGGCCGUGUGGCUGCAGGUUUUUGUUCCAGCCAAUCAGCAGCACACAGUUUGACCAAUCAACUGUCUGAAGACUGAGAUCAGUUGAUUAAAUUAUUAAAGUCUUGUGUGCUGCUGAUUGGUUGGAACAGAAACCUGCAGCCAUGUGGCCCUCUGUGGAACCGUUUGGACACCUCUGACUUCGAUCUGUCAGUCUAUUUAUACAGUCCGUAUAAACAUUGUGCAAUUUGCAGCCUGUAGUGCCCUG